AUGAUGUGUGUCCGUGUCGUUUCUCACAGAUUCGAGAGUGCGAUUCUCCGCAUGCUGCCACUGGUCCAAGACAAAACGAAGGGGCGGCCGACAGUCCCAGGCAUCAUGUUCAGCCGGGUCGUCGCGCUGCUUGCGCUGUUAGGCGCCGUACAUGCGGUCACACGUCCUCACUUCAACGAGGCGUAUCUGCAUCAGCAAAUGCGGGAGAUGAUGACGCACGACCCGCCAUCAAAGAGUCCCCAGAAGCCAAGUACCGGCGGAAGCAUGGACAUGGAAGACGAUGAUCCCUACAUGCAGGAAGCUGCGGAUGGGCUCUCCAAGGCUUUGGGCCCUGGUUGGAACAAGCAAGCCCUGGAGGCUGAUGCCGACCGGAAGACCAGUGCACUUUUGAAGGGCAUCUCCGGAUCUUCCCGUCUCCGCGGACUGACCGACAUGCUUGGAUCGCUUCGCUAA